ACAUCGAGGGCGCCAGGUUGGGGAAUGCUGUUCUGUGAGCUGCACGGGCAGUUGCACUUAACUUUCUUUACUCUUGCACCGACCAUAUCGCGACGGGGUUUCAGUUUGUAAGCAGCUUUUCGACUUACGUUUGCAAAGCAGCUUCCAGAACAACUCCAAUUAAAAUCUCGUAGAUUACGAUUCUAGACUGGGAGUAGGACUUAAGUAGCACAGUGCUACUUGCUUCUGAGUGAAGUAGGAUUGUAUCGCAUCAGGCUGUUAACAAUGCAAAGAAACUGAAAUACUUAACAGAAACUUCCAUUUAACCAAAAAAGAAAAAAGCAGCCAGAGUCUCAUCCUUAAUAGUACAAACCUAUGUGUCUUUACUCAAGGUUGCAUUAUUCUGUUCCAUGAGCUUUAUGUCCAUAGCUGCCCAAAAUGCCUAACAUUCAAGACUAGUGAAACUGACCAGCAGUCUUUUAAGAAUGGCAAUGGGACAGGUGAACCUCAGAAGGAAUAUCACAAUUUGCUGCCAUGAAUGAGGAACCUGCCACAAUUUGUUUCAAUGAAGAUGACUAUUACUGUCCUGUUUGUCAAGAUGUAUUCAAAACACCUGUGAGGAUUUCCAUUUGUCAUCAUGUGUUUUGCAGGAAAUGUUUCCUAUUGGCUAUGAAAGAGGGUGGAACACAUUGCCCAUUAUGCCGAGGCAUUGUAACCAGAAAAGAGAAAGCACGUCCCAACAGAGCCUUAGAUGUUGAAAACAACAUGAAAAAGUUGAUGGGGAGCUGCAGAUGCUGUGACAAACAGAUUAAAUUAUCUCGUAUGAGACAGCAUUAUAAAUCAUGUAAGAAGUAUCAAGAUGAAUAUGGUGUGUCUUCUGUAAUUCCAAACUUAGACAUCUCUCAGGAUUCAACAGGAAACAGUUUUAGGAGUGAUUCUUCUACUUCAGAAAUUGGAGAAAAUUCUAAUCUACAUGUUCCUGAAGAAGCAACAAGUGUGCAGCCUACAUUCAAAUGCCCUAUAUGUCAAGAGAGUAACUUCACAAGACAGAGUUUAUUGGAUCAUUGUAAUGACAGUCAUCUUUAUCAAAUUGAUCCAGUAAUUUGUCCUAUUUGUGUGUGUCUUCCAUGGGGAGACCCUAACCAGGUUACAAGAGAUUUUGUUGGCCAUUUAAAUCAAAGACAUCAACUUGAUUAUGGAGACUUUAUGGUAAAAACUUUGCAUUUUAAAUUUGAAAUGUUAAUAUUGGGUUUUUUUCUGUUCUGGAAGACCUCCAUCUAUUAGACCUCCAUCUAUUCCAGAUUAAAUUUAGUAGAAAAAGCUAUAGAAGCUCAGUAGUUUAUAAGUUUAAGUUGUCAAAAUACUGUUGAAAAUCUACAACUGUCUUGGUAGAUUGUGGACCAAUCUAAAACUGAUAAUAAUAGUAGAGAUUGUUGAAUAGUUUUUAACUCUCACUAAAGUUAGAGAAAGACCAUAUAGCAGAGAGAGACAGCACAGUGCCUGUGGGAGGCAGUGCAUCCCCAGAUACCGUGGCACCAACCAAAGUGCACUUCCUGCUUUUUUAUUUUAAUUUUCCUUACUGGCAACUGGAAUUGCUAUGAAAGCAGUUUUUGCCAGUGCUGGAAAUUCUGGGUUCAGAGCAACAGUUCAGUGUGCUGGAGCUCCAAUCCCCCACCUCUGCCUUAUAUUCAGACUUCUGAGCAGGUUACUUGCCUGUUGCUAUGCUCCCCAUGAAGCCAUUUUGUGAUGGCACACAGGAUGGUUUCUCAAAUUGCCAAAUGUAUCUACAUAGAAGAAGUUUGCCUACUCCUGCAAUAUAUUGUUUAGUCAUUAUAUUUCCCGCAUACCUUUCUUUUGGCCUACUGUUGCUCUUGGUCAAACAGAUUUUGUAGACUUCUCAGAUGGAUUCAGGUAUGUGCAAAAAUUGGUAUAUACAGCCUUGCAAAUAAAAGGAAGCCCCCAACUCUGUGAAGAUGCUUUGGCUUUUAGUUUUAAUAUGCAUACAGCUGUAACAACAGUGAAUUAAGCACUGUUACAUACUGUCCUGCUGAUCUGCUGCUUUGUGCCACCUCCCUCCUUUUCUGUUGGUAAAUGGCAGCCACUAGCCUGAGACAUGAAGAAGUUGCUUCACAUCUCUCUCAAGUUCUCUUCUAAAAACAAUGCUUUUUUCCCCGCAGGACACAGCAGCAAUAGUAAAGAUUCAGGCAAACUGUGUGCUUGCUUUCCUUUCAUAGUAACUUUUUCUUUGCUUGGUCACCUGCCCAUUUGCUGCUGCUGCUGGAAAAGAGAGCAGUCUUUUUCCGUCUCAGGCAAUUCGUAGUUGCUCCAAGUUGAAAGAGAUGGUAACAACAGAGCAGCCAGGAAGUGGGGGAGAGGGUAUAUAUCCCUUUUAGUUCACUAUGCUUCAACCACCUACAUGUUACAAAGAAAGCUUAGAAUCAUAGAAGAGUUGGAAGGGGCCAUGAAGGCCAUCAAGUCCAACCCCCUGCUAUUGCAGGACACCAAGUUACACCAUCCUACUCAGAUGGCUGUCCAGCUUCUUUUUGAAUGGUGUGGGAGAGCCCACCACCUCUCUAGGCAGCUGUUUCCACUGUUGUAUUGCUUAAAUCACUUGUACAGCAAGGUGAGCUGGUGAACAUGGUAGCAUACAAAUGAACAUAGAAACUGUUUGUCAGAAGCAAUUGUGGACUGACUAUACACAACUGAGGGUGAUUCUUGUUUUGAAAUACCAUCAGCUGUCUGAACAAAACAAUCUUCAUUCUCCAGUCUACAUUCUCCAGUCCCACAUACUGUUUUUUAAUUCCAAGAUAAAGUAUUACAGUUCUCUUAUGUGAAUUUUGAAUAGAUCCAUGAUGAUGGAUACAUAUGCAAUGUAUACUGUUGUACAGUUUAUAUAUAGCAAGAUAUGCUACUGUCCUUGGGCAUAAUUAUACAGAGAAUUCAACAAAAGCAGACAAAAUAUCUAUGUUUGUCCAUUUGCAGAAUGUACCUAGAGACUACCCAUUCAAAAUGUAAAUAUUAUAAAAAUAGUUUCUCUCCAUCCCAAACAAUAUAAACCCCCAACAAGGAGGAGGUUAGCUCAAACUGAAGAAGUCUUUUACUUUCUUACAUUCUAGGAAGGGAAACAACAGAGGUAUGUGCGUAAAGUGACCAGGAAUGGAAAAAGGACAGUCCCUGAGACCCUUAGAGUAAAGGCAGAAUACAAGUGUGUGGAUAUUUGGGGGAGUUUCCCCCCUUAUGCUUAUGGAACUUGAGCACCCAGUUCAUUUGGUUUAGUAUUUUUAUCUUUAUCACAACACAGAAUAUAGAAUGAUACUUUAAAAAAAUAAUUGUAGAAAAAUAACUGUUUAAAAGAAGUGCUUUAGCUAGUUAACUGCCCCUAAAUUAUAUCCUGUAACAUAGGCAAUAUUAGCUGCUUAAUAUUUUCUUGAGUAAACUUUCUCUAAAAUGGAACAACUGUAUUUGUUUCUUUAAAAUUAAUUUUAGGCUGGUUUUAAGGGUGAACAAACAAUUCUUAUUCCCACACAAAUAGCUGCAGUGCCUUUUAAUUUUCUGAUCAGAAAUAAAUCAUAGCAGUCACCUUACUCAUAAUUAUAAUUUGUCAAAGUUUCUACAACCAUUCCUUAUAAUCAUUUUUAGUUUUCUAGUUUUUAGUAAUACACAAUCUCACAGCUAUUGUCAUAUCAAUAAGCAGAAUGUCAGUCUUCUUUUCUACAUGGUCACUUGAAUAAUUUUAACAAAAGCUAGUCUUACACAUUUGUUUUCCUUAGGUUCUCUUCACGGUAUUGCACAGUAUAUAUUGCACUCAGUUGGAGUGGAGUAAGUCUGACUUGAAAGCUUGUUUCUAAUCCAACCUUGUUUUGU